ACCUGAAGCUCGGCGCCCCGCCGCCGCCCGAGGACUUGGCAGCAAGUGCUUCUCUCCGGGGACGAUCACAUUAACUUUCCCACCGGACUUGACUGCGGGGAGAGCGGGACGAGGUCCCACUAGCGGCGAGAGGCCGGCCGGAGCAGGGUCGGGCUGGCUGGCCGAGUGGAGGGUGCCUGUAUUUUUAGCCAGAUGCCGCGUAACUCACCGGCGCUCCCCGCGUCGCCCGGCAGAUAACGGGGGAGGGGAGCUGAUCGGCGGGCGAGGCGAUGGCAGCGCGGCAGGGCCGGCCAGGCGCGGACCCCGCGGCCGAUGCUGCUACCAGCUUUCUGAGGGCAGCACGAUCAGGUAACUUGGACAAAGCUUUGGAUCACCUGCGGAAUGGGGUAGAUAUUAACACCUGUAACCAGAAUGGGCUGAACGGCUUGCAUCUGGCCUCCAAGGAAGGCCAUGUGAAGAUGGUGGUUGAACUUCUGCACAAGGAGAUCAUUUUAGAAACAACAACCAAGAAAGGGAACACCGCUCUGCACAUCGCUGCGCUCGCCGGCCAGAAUGAGGUGGUCCGGGAGCUAGUCAACUACGGUGCCAACGUCAAUGCCCAGUCACAGAAAGGCUUCACACCCCUGUACAUGGCAGCACAAGAGAAUCACCUGGAAGUAGUUAAGUUUUUACUGGAAAAUGGAGCCAAUCAGAACGUGGCCACAGAAGAUGGCUUCACCCCGCUGGCUGUGGCUCUGCAGCAGGGCCACGAGAACGUGGUGGCCCACCUCAUCAACUACGGGACGAAAGGCAAGGUACGCCUCCCGGCCCUGCACAUCGCGGCCCGCAACGACGACACGCGGACGGCUGCUGUGCUGCUGCAGAAUGACCCUAACCCGGACGUGCUUUCCAAGACGGGGUUCACCCCACUCCACAUCGCAGCCCACUAUGAGAACCUCAGCGUGGCCCAGCUGCUCCUCAACAGGGGUGCCAGCGUCAACUUCACACCGCAGAAUGGCAUCACGCCCCUGCACAUCGCUUCCCGCAGGGGAAAUGUGAUCAUGGUGCGGCUGCUGCUGGACCGGGGAGCACAGAUAGAGACAAGGACCAAGGAUGAAUUGACACCUCUCCACUGUGCAGCUCGGAAUGGGCACGUGCGCAUCUCAGAGAUCCUGCUCGACCACGGGGCGCCCAUCCAGGCCAAAACCAAGAAUGGCUUGUCCCCCAUUCACAUGGCGGCUCAGGGAGACCACCUCGACUGUGUCCGACUUCUAUUGCAAUACAAUGCAGAGAUAGAUGACAUCACCCUGGACCACCUGACACCCCUCCAUGUGGCAGCCCACUGUGGCCAUCACAGGGUGGCCAAGGUCCUGUUGGAUAAAGGGGCCAAGCCAAACUCCAGAGCCCUGAAUGGCUUCACCCCCCUACACAUCGCCUGCAAGAAGAACCAUGUCCGCGUCAUGGAGCUGCUGCUCAAGACAGGGGCUUCCAUUGAGGCGGUCACUGAGUCUGGCCUGACCCCUCUCCACGUGGCUUCCUUCAUGGGGCACCUGCCCAUUGUGAAGAACCUCCUGCAGCGGGGGGCAUCCCCCAACGCCUCCAACGUGAAAGUAGAGACCCCACUACACAUGGCAGCCAGAGCAGGGCACACAGAAGUGGCUAAAUAUCUGCUCCAAAAUAAAGCCAAAGUCAAUGCCAAGGCCAAGGACGACCAGACCCCUCUUCACUGUGCAGCUCGAAUUGGCCACACAAACAUGGUGAAGCUCCUGCUGGAAAACAGCGCCAACCCCAACCUUGCUACUACAGCUGGGCACACUCCCCUGCACAUUGCAGCCCGGGAGGGCCAUGUGGAGACAGCCCUGGCCCUGCUGGAAAAGGAGGCCUCUCAGGCCUGCAUGACCAAGAAAGGAUUUACCCCUCUGCACGUGGCGGCCAAGUAUGGGAAGGCGCGGGUGGCCGAAGUGCUGCUAGAACGCGAUGCGCACCCGAAUGCUGCUGGCAAAAAUGGCCUGACACCCCUGCACGUGGCUGUUCACCACAACAACCUGGACAUUGUGAAGUUGCUGCUGCCCCGAGGUGGCUCCCCACACAGCCCUGCCUGGAAUGGCUAUACACCCUUGCACAUCGCUGCCAAGCAGAACCAGACGGAUGUGGCCCGCAGCCUGCUGCAGUACGGGGGUUCCGCAAAUGCAGAGUCUGUGCAGGGCGUGACUCCCCUCCACCUGGCUGCGCAGGAGGGCCACACAGAGAUGGUGGCACUGCUCCUCUCGAAACAAGCCAAUGGCAACCUGGGGAACAAGAGUGGACUCACUCCCCUCCAUCUGGUGGCACAAGAAGGGCAUGUGCCAGUGGCAGAUGUGCUGAUCAAACACGGUGUCACAGUGGAUGCCACUACCCGGAUGGGUUACACACCACUCCAUGUGGCCAGCCACUACGGAAACAUCAAGCUGGUGAAAUUUCUGCUGCAGCACCAGGCAGACGUCAAUGCCAAGACCAAGCUUGGGUAUAGCCCCCUACACCAGGCUGCCCAGCAGGGACACACGGACAUUGUCACACUGCUGCUGAGAAGUGGUGCUUCCCCGAACGAGGUCAGCUCGAAUGGAACCACACCUUUGGCAAUCGCUAAGCGUUUGGGCUACAUUUCUGUGACAGACGUGCUCAAAGUCGUCACGGAUGAAACCAGUGUAGUGUUAGUCAGUGACAAGCACCGGAUGAGUUACCCUGAGACGGUAGAUGAGAUCCUGGAUGUCUCUGAGGAUGAAGGAACCGCUCACAUAACUAUAAUGGGGGAAGAACUCACAGGCUCUAAGGCUGAGCGGCAGGAUUCCAGAGACGUGGAUGAAGAGAGAGAACUGCUGGACUUUAUGCCGAAGCUAGACCAGGUGGUGGAAUCUCCCGCCAUCCCGAGGAUCCCAUGUGUGACCCCAGAGACAGUGCUGAUCAGGUCAGAGGAGCCAGAGCAGGCCUCUAAGGAGUACGACGAGGACUCACUUAUCCCCAGUAGCCCAGCCACAGAGACCUCAGACAACAUCAGCCCAGUGGCCAGUCCUGUGCAUACCGGCUUUCUGGUCAGCUUCAUGGUUGAUGCCCGGGGAGGAUCCAUGAGAGGAAGUCGGCACAACGGCCUGCGGGUGGUGAUCCCGCCCAGGACCUGCGCUGCACCCACACGCAUCACCUGCCGCCUGGUGAAGCCCCAGAAACUGAGCACACCGCCCCCCUUGGCCGAAGAGGAGGGCCUGGCCAGCAGGAUCAUUGUACUAGGGCCCACGGGGGCUCAGUUUCUGAGCCCUGUGAUCGUGGAGAUCCCCCAUUUUGCCUCACAUGGCCGAGGGGACCGUGAACUCGUGGUCCUGAGGAGUGAGAACGGCUCUGUGUGGAAGGAGCACAGGAGCCGCUAUGGAGAGAGCAGCCUGGACCAGAUCCUCAGCGGGAUGGACGAGGAGCUGGGGAGCCUGGAGGAGCUGGAGAAGAAGAGGGUCUGUCGCAUCAUCACCACCGACUUCCCUUUGUACUUCGUGAUCAUGUCACGGCUCUGCCAGGACUUUGACACCAUUGGGCCUGAAGGCGGUUCCCUGAAGAGCAAGCUGGUGCCGCUGGUGCAAGCCACCUUCCCCGAAAAUGCCGUCACUAAGAAAGUGAAGCUGGCUCUGCAGGCCCAGCCCGUCCCGGAUGAGCUGGUCACCAAGCUCCUGGGCAACCAGGCCACAUUUAGCCCCAUUGUCACUGUGGAGCCACGGCGCCGGAAGUUCCACCGCCCCAUUGGACUCCGCAUCCCACUACCUCCUUCCUGGACAGACAACCCAAGGGACAGUGGGGAGGGAGACACCACCAGCCUGCGCCUGCUCUGCAGUGUCAUUGGUGGAACUGACCAAGCCCAGUGGGAAGAUAUCACAGGAACUACCAAGCUUGUGUAUGCCAAUGAAUGUGCCAACUUCACCACCAAUGUCUCUGCCAGGUUUUGGCUGUCAGACUGUCCACGGACUGCAGAGGCUGUGAAUUUUGCCACUCUGUUGUACAAAGAGCUGACUGCAGUGCCCUAUAUGGCCAAGUUUGUUAUUUUUGCCAAGAUGAAUGACCCCCGGGAAGGGCGGCUGCGGUGCUACUGCAUGACAGAUGACAAGGUGGACAAGACCCUGGAGCAGCAUGAGAACUUCGUGGAGGUGGCCCGGAGCAGGGAUAUAGAGGUUUUGGAAGGAAUGCCCCUUUUUGCAGAACUUUCUGGGAACCUGGUGCCUGUCAGAAAGGCUGCUCAGCAGCGCAGCUUCCAGUUCCAGUCCUUCCGGGAGAACCGCUUGGCCAUACCUGUGAAGGUGAGGGAUAGCAGUCGAGAGCCGGCAGGGUUCUUGUCAUUCUUACGCAAGGCCAUGAAGUACGAGGACACCCAGCACAUCCUCUGCCACCUGAACAUCACCAUGCCCCCCUGCACCAAGGGGACUGGAGCUGAAGACAGGAGGAGGACCCUGACCCCCCUGACCCUGCGGUACAGCGUGCUCAGCGAGUCGGGUCUCGGUUUCCCCAGCGGGACAGACCGAGAGGAUCUGAAGGUCGCUGUCAUUACAGAGCAUCUUGGCCUCAGCUGGGCAGAAUUGGCUAGGGAGCUGCAGUUCAGCGUGGAGGAAAUCAACAGGAUCCGGGUGGAAAACCCCAACUCCUUAUGGGAGCAGAGCGCAGCCUUGCUGAACCUCUGGGUGGCCCGGGAAGGCACAAAUGCAAAGAUGGAAAACCUGUAUGCAGCCCUACGGAACAUUGACCGGAGUGAGAUUGUGAAUAUGUUGGAGGGCUCUGGCAGACAGAGCCGCAACCUGAAGCCAGAUCGGCGGCAGGCAGACCGGGACUACUCACUGUCGCCCUCCCAGAUGAAUGGUUACUCCUCGCUACAGGACGAGCUGCUGUCCCCUGCCUCCCUGCACUACGCGCUUCCCUCUCCGCUGCGCGCGGACCAGUACUGGAACGAGGUGGCCGUCAUAGACGCCAUCCCACUGGCCCCCACGGAGCAUGACGCCAUGCUGGAGAUGUCUGACAUGCAGGUGUGGUCCGCGGGCCUCACACCCUCUCUGGUCACUGCUGAGGACUCCUCUCUGGAGUGCAGCAAGGCCGAGGACUCUGACGCCACACAAGAGUGGAAGUUGGAGGGGGCGCUGUCAGAGGAAUCACGGGGCCCUGAGCUCGGCUCUCUGGACCUUGUGGAGGACGACACAGUGGAUUCAGAUGCCACAAAUGGCCAUGCUGAUUUGCUUGGCCAGGAGGAAGGUCAGAGGUCAGAAGAGAAGAGGCAGGAGGACUCGGCAGGUGCAGGGCAGGACUCAGAGAAUGAAGUGUCUCUUGUUGCAGGCCAGCAGAGGGCACAAGCCCGAGCCACAGACUCGCCCUACGAGAGUCGGGUGCUGGAGAGCCACCAGGACAGACCACAAGACCGGGACUUAGAAGGCUCCAUUGCCUCCUACCUGCAAGAGGCCACGCAAGACCCACAUUCAGUCCAGAUGACACUGCCCACUAUCCAAGGGCCAGAGCGUGGCAUAAAAGAGGGCGUGCAGGCAGCCAUGAGCACCUUGCAGCAUGCGGAACAGGGGAACGAGCUUCAUAAUAUUCCAGGGGAGCAAGUGAUAGAGAAACAAUUCACAGAUGAACAGGGCAACUUUGUCACCAAGAAGAUUAUCCGCAAAGUUGUUCAGCAGAUCCCCUCGUCUGGUGCCGAUGACACCCAGGAAUAUGAGGAGGUGAUUGUUGGGGGCCCCCUGGAGGACACUAGUGUGCUGGAAACCGACCCUGAUUUCAUUACAAAACUCGACAAGGUGGAACUGAGAGGGAGUGGCCUACAGCCAGAUCUUCUGGAGGGCAGGAAGGGGGCUCAGAUAGUGAAGCGGGCCAGCCUGAAACGGGGCAAACAGUGAGCUCAAGCCUCUCUCCUUGGAGUAGCCUCUCAGGAGGAUCACACCUCGACACCCAACCCCUGACUCCAUACACUCUGCCAUGCACACAGGAGGAGCGCUGGACCCGAGGGCAACAGAGCGCUGCCCAUGUUCCUCUAGGCUCCCAGCAUGACCUCUGUGAGGGCUCCUUUAGUCUCCUACCGCAUGAACGACUGGCUGUAGACUGCAUGACCUACAGUCUGCAAUCCUGCCCCAGCGACUCCGGGACUCCGGAUCUGUCUGCUGCCAGAAGGGAGAGGAGAAGGGGAGGGGACACACACAAGGGAGAGCGUGCAGAUGCAAAGGGCUCUUUCUCGGCUGGGGAUGGUUUGGGGUUUUUUUAAAUUGUUUUGAUUUUUGACUUCGUACAGGGUACAUUUUUUCAAUUUUCAUCUGUAAAAAAAAAAAAUCUAUGUGGGCUUCCUGGAAGGAAAAACAAACUAGGCAUGAAAUCAGGUUAGCACGUCAAUCCUGUGUCCACCCUACUCACCUCCAUUCUGCGUGCCACUCCUCCACCCCAGGGGACAGCCCCACACUAGGACACGCAGGACAGUCACUCGCCCCUCCAGCAGCCACAUGCUGAGUUCACUGUGGCCUCUGAAGCUGUGUGGACUCUCCUGUGGAUGAGCUAGGAUGUUUUUUACGUUCUGUCUGCCAGUCUCAGUAUUAAUCAUCUUCCAAUGGAAAAUCAUUGCCCUGUGCUUGUAUUGGGGUCCCUUGCCUUAGGAGUUUAAAGAUCAGAGGCGAGGACCCCAGGCUUAGCUGAGGGCUCAGGAGCUGGCCAGCAGAGCGCAAAGGUCAGCGGGAGAAGGGCCGGUGGCUGCCCGGACCGCACCAGCAUGACCAUAGAGAAGAGGUUUUCUAGAUCUUCAAGCACUUCUAUCAUAGUCCGUGUCCAAAGUGUAAACUGUACAGUAAUCAGCCUUGUGUAUAUGAAAAACAAUAAAUACUAUGCAAACCACUAGAAACACUUAGCAGUACGUAUGAAGCACUAACAGCUCGCUCCGGACUUCUCCGGCCUGCGGGAGACGAGCUACAGGCUGUCUUUCAGUGAAAGAGCAGGACAGGGCUAGUGAAUGUAGCCACCAGCCCCCAUCUCUCCCGGAGCCAACUUGGUGCUCGAAGUCCAGGCAGCCCGCAGGCUGGGGCGGUGGGUGGGCCGGGCUCAGCCCUUGGCCCGGCGGGGAGGACAGUGGCCUGGUGCAAGGGCAGGAGCCCCGGGAUGAGCCUUAACGCCCCGGCGCCUCCAGCGAGGGCCCGAAUCAGCACAAAGCGGCCCACCUGCCUGCCUGGAGGGGGCCUGCAGGCUUUUCUCGCGUUCCGCGGGCCGGCACCUUCCUCCAGGCCGCUCCGGGGCGUCCUCGGGACACCCUCAAACCUUCCAAGUAGCACAGACACCUCCGCGCCCGCCCGGAGCCCAGCUCGCGCUUCCGGGCCGCGCCUCCGGGCCAGGGGCGUUCCCGGCCUCCGGGCGGGGCCAGCUUCUGCUUUACGGGAGGGAGGGAGAGAGGGAGGAAGAAGGGCGCCCGGGAGAGGAAGUGCCGGCUAGUCCCGCACGGGCGGGCUGUACCAGCGGCCCAGCCUCGCAGGCUUCCUCUGCGCAGUGCACAGCCCGAGCGUGCGGACGCUGGACGCCCAGACCCGGCCGCAACGCGGCGUCGGGAACAGCGGUGCCUCGCAGGCCGAGAUGGCAGAGGCCGGACGACGGGCAGAGCCUGCACCUUUCUCUCCCGGGCCGCGGCCCACCUGCGCCCCCGCGGCCCAGCCCCGCUUUGGCUCCUGCUCCGUCUGGCUUGGCUGCUUGGCCCGCCGGCCCGGCCCUGGGCGGCUUGGCUGCGCACCGCUACUAGUAGGAGCUGCGUAGGGGAGGACUUUGGGAUCUCCACUCGACGCCUAGAGAAUGCUGCAGUCUGCACAUUAGACGCUUUUUAGAAGUUUUGAAAUGACCUUGAUUUUUUAAUUGUUAUGAAAAACGAAUCGUUUCUGGACCCUCCCAUGUGCUCUGUUGCUGAGAGAGCACCCGCCCCUCCCACUCUGAUGUAUAGACCAUUGUCCCUACACCAGCUGAACAAAUGUCACAUUAAUAAAGAAACCGACUCAUGGCA